AUGCUGGGGCUGUGUGUCGUGUUCAUCUACCUUUUGUAUGGGGUGAAAACAGAUCCUGGGAAGACAUGCCCUGCAUUCACAGCUCUCAGCAUCAGCAAUGCUUUGAUAGGGACAGACCUGAAAGUGAAGCUGCUGCUCUACACCAGACAGAACCCAAACUGUGCUGAAGAGCUCGAUUCAGCAGCCUCCAAGCAUCUAGAUGUGACCAAGAAAACUACCUUCAUCAUCCACGGAUACCGACUCACAGGCUCUAUCCCGGUCUGGAUCCCUGACUUGGUACAUCUUCUGCUUUCUGUAGAAGACAUGAACGUCAUCGUUGUGGACUGGAACCAGGGGGCAACAACUCUCAUCUACAGUAAUGCUUCCAGAAACUGCAAGAAAGUUGCUGAGAUUCUGAAGAAACUUAUUGAUGAAAUGUUGGUUGAUGGAGCAUCACUUGACUCCUUGCACAUGAUAGGAGUGAGCCUGGGAGCACACAUCUCUGGCUUUGUGGGACAGAUGUUUGAUGGUACACUUGGAAGAAUCACAGGCCUUGACCCAGCAGGCCCCUUGUACAGAGGAAAGCCGCCUAGUGAGAGGCUGGAUCCUACAGACGCACAGUUUGUUGAUGUCAUUCAUUCGGACACCGAUGGACUAGGUUACACAGACGCACUAGGCCACAUAGACUUCUACCCCAACGGCGGGACCGACCAGCCUGGCUGUCCACUGACAAUAUUUUCUGGAUUGCAGUAUUUUAAAUGUGACCACCAGAGGUCUGUUUUCCUGUUCAUGUCAUCUCUGAAACAGAGCUGCAAUAUUACUGCAUACCCGUGUGACUCAUACAGAAAUUACAGGAAUGGCAAAUGUACCAGCUGUGAAACUUUUUGGCCUAUGCCAUGUCCCAUCCUAGGUUAUUAUGCCCAUAAGUGGAAAAGCUAUUUAACACAACAGAGCCAUCCAGUGACAAGUAUGUUUUUUGAUACAGCGGACAAAGAGCCAUUUUGUAUUUAUCACUACUUUGUGGAUAUUAUUACAUGGAACAAAGACACCAGAAGAGGCACCUUCAGCAUUGUACUAGCUGAUGAAACUGGGAAGAAGGCAGAAUCUAAAGUUAAUCCAGAAGCUGCAGCCUUUCAGCAGUACAACCAAAUCACUUUGCUAAUUGGAUUCGACCAGGACUUUGAAAACGUAGAAAGAAUUUCCUUGACAUUUUCCACAGGAUCUGUCAUUGGCCCAAAAUUCAAACUCAGGAUUCUCCAAAUGAGGUUCCGGUCACUUACAAAUCCAGAAAGACCACAGCUGUGCAGGUACGACCUUGUCCUGAUGGAGAACACCAAGAAAACCUUCAAGCCCAUCCCAUGUUGGAGCAGGAGCUAA